AUGUCGAAACAAACAACCCAUAUACAUAAGUUAAUUGCUGAUUAUCUUAAGGAGAACAACUACUUAGAGACUUUAAAACAAUUUGAAAAUGAACAUGGAAAUCCUAUCCCUGCCACUAAAUUGUUAGAUGAAUCAUUAUCAGAUAUAAUCAAUGAUCGAAUUCAAUACAACACUCUUUUGGACGAUAAUAAGACAAAUGAAGGAGUCAUUAAUGUAAAUGAUGAGUUAGCACCGGAAUUAAAAGUGAUUAUCACUCAACAGUUUUCAAAUUGGAUCACACCAUUUCCUCAUCAGCCUAGUAAAUUGAUUGAUAUUGAUGGGUUAGUGAUCAGUUCUUGCCAUGAUAAGAAAAAUGAGUUGAUAUAUUUGAGUAGCAAUGAUUGUAAAGUCUAUGUUAUUAAACAGAAACAAAUUAUUCACACUUUGAAAAUGCCAGUGGUUAUUAAAAAGAUAUUGACUAUUGGUAAUAGCGAUAAAAUGGUGUUAGUGGGAAUGAAUGGAAUUUUAUAUUUAAGAGAAAGAGGUACACUAGAAGAAAUUGAUCAAUUCCAAGCACACAAAAGGUUAAUUGUUGAUGCCAAAUCUAUCACUUUUCAAAAUCGCAACUACUUGAUUACAUUAGGCUGGGAUUUCCAUCUUCGAUUGAUUUUGCUAAAUGAAAACAAUACUGAUCAAAAUGAGGUUCAGAGAUUUGAAAUAUUAUCUGAAUUGAAAUUAAAACAACAGGGGUCAUGCUUAGACGUGACAGUGUAUCAAGAUCAAUUGGUGAUUAUAUUAGGUAAAACAGAAAACACAUUAUUGGAUGUUAUCACAAUGAGUGGAAAAGAUUCCCGUGAGUUGACAUUAGUUCAUAAGAUUUCCCUCAAUGACGCUGAAUUCACCGCAGCAGGAUUUUCACCAAGGUGUUUAAUGAUUGAAAACUCCGGACAUGUACCAUUAAUUGCCGUGGGCACGUCCCACGAACCAUAUAUGCGUUUAAUUAUUGUUCCCUUGCAAGAUCUUGCCAAUGAACCUUCCAUCAAAAGAAAUCAAAUCAUAAAGAAUUUGAAUACCAUGUCUCCCCAAGACAGAUACUCGCAACCCAUAAUAGCAUGGAGACUACAAAAAUCGGAUAAUAACAAAGCAAGUGGAGUAUGGGUGAUGGGUGAUGAUGGGACAAUUAGAGGUAUUGAUAUAGUUGAAGAUCAAGUUAUAGUUGAGCUCAAAGACGGUCACCAAGGUAAAAUAAAAGAUUUUAUUACUUUUAUUGACGAGGAUUCAGUGGAGAAGUUGAUAACAAGUGGUAUAGAUAGGGAGAUAGUAACGUGGAGAUGA